ACAUAACAAAAGCCAAAACAACAGGGAAAGAAAAAAAAAACAUCACACGUCAAUACUUGUCGCCCGCCCAAUUGAUCUGCUCUCAACCCCUAUCGUGGCUCUGAACUCUCAGACAACCGCUCCAUCCCCCCGGCCCACGACACGUCCAGUCCGCAGACGAGAAGCUCUGCAGGGUCGCGAGCAAGAUGCGCUUCGGCAGGACGCUCCGCCAGUCCAUCUACCCGCCAUGGAAGGACCGGUACAUCGACUACUCCAAGCUCAAGGUGAUGCUGCGCGAGGACACCAAGGAUGACGACGACGUCCCGUGGACCGAGGAAGACGAGAACCGCUUCUGCGACGAGCUGUUCAACGUCCAGCUCGAGAAGGUCGCCCGGUUCCAGGAGGAGGCCGUCGCCGCCCUCAAGGAGCAGGCCGAGACCGCCUUCGACAAGCUGCGCGACAUGACCCCCUCCGACGACCGGCCCAAGAGCGACAUCACCACCGCCCGCCUCAAGGAGCUCCAGGGCGAGCUCGACGCCGUCACCAACGAGGUCAAGGAGCUCAAGAAGUACAGCAGCCUCAACUACACCGGCUUCCUCAAGAUCGCCAAGAAGCACGACCGCAAGCGCGGCGACCGCUACAAGGUCCGCCCCAUGAUGCGCGUGAGCCUGUCGGGCCGCGGCUUCAACUCGGAGCAGGCCUAUUCGCCCCUGCUCACGAAGCUGUCCCUGAUGUACUAUGCCAUCAACCAGAGCCUCGACGAGGGCGAGCAGCGCCAGCCGCUCGACCUGGAACUGGACAGCCUGCAGGAGGUGCACAACGGGGAGCGAUACACCGCCCACAAGUUUUGGAUACACCCGGAUAAUCUCCUCGAGGUCAAGACCGCCAUUCUGCGGCACCUGCCCGCCCUCAUCUACAGUCAGCAGGCCGGGACCGAGCCCGACGGCAACGAAGACCCCAAGAUCACCUCCCUCUACUUCGACAACUCCAAAUUCAGCCUGUACAGCCAGAAGGUGGGCCGCCAGGUCGACGCCUCGUCGGUGCGCUUGCGCUGGUACGGCCAAUUGAACGAGCGGCCCUCCCUCGCCCUCGAGCAGAAAACAGUGCUCGAGAACGGCACGAGCGAGGAGAAGAAAUUCUCCAUCAAGGGCAAGUACGUCAGGCCGUUCAUCGACGGGGAAUACAAGAUGGAAAAGAGCGUGCAAAAGAUGGAAAGGCAAGGCCAGACAGCCGAGGCGAUACAAUCCUUUAAAACCACCACCGAAGAGAUCCAAGAGUUCAUACUCCAGGGCAAGCUGGAACCCGUCCUGCGGGCCAAUUACACUCGGACAGCCUUCCAGAAGCCUGCGGACGACCGCGUGCGAAUUUCCAUCGACACCGAUGUAGUCUUUAUCCGCGAGGACACCCUGGACCGGGACCGUCCUUGCCGCGAUCCUCGGGAGUGGCAUCGGCGAGACAUCGACGGCAAUAAUAUGACAUUCCCAUUCAAGAACAUCAACCAGAGCGAGGUCUCGAGGUUUCCGUUUGCCCUUCUCGAGAUCAAGCUGAAGGAGGAAGGCGGGCGUAAGAGGCCGGGGUGGGUGGAAGACCUGAUGGCCUCGCACCUGGUUCACGCGGCCCCGCGGUUCUCCAAAUUCGUGCACGGCGUCGCGUCUCUCUUUGAGGACUACGUCAACAAUCUACCACUGUGGCUCAGCGAUCUCGAGACGGACAUCCGAAAGGACCCGCAGACGGCGCACGACGCAGAGGAGCAGCGAAAAGCCCAGCAGGCGGAGGACGCGCUGGUCGUGGGUAGCUUUUUGGGCGGUGGUGGCGGUGCUACUAAGACUAGCUCCUACAAAGCAGCUACGAGUUCGCCGGUUGGGAUGUCGUACCUCUCGGAAAGAGCCGCCCAAGACGCUAGAGCUUCCCUAUCGCAGUCCCUGCGCGGCGAACGAGGAGCUGAGCAAGGCGACGAGGACGGCGCGAGCAACGGCCGCCAACGAGGCUACGGCACUCUCUCCUCCGUCUUACCCGGCUUCUCCCUGUCGCGGUAUUCCCGGGCUAAGCGUCAGCGGGCACAGCUCCCCGAGGGCGUCACGAAGCCGGAGGUCUGGCUCAAGAAUGCCGGGCCGCUGCAAGUCGAGCCGAAGGUGUGGCUGGCCAACGAGCGGACAUUCCUCAAAUGGCAGCAAAUCUGCAUACUCCUAGGCAGCUUGGCCAUCAGCCUGUACACGGCCGCGGGCGAGAACUUCGUCGCCGAGUGCAUGGGCAUCGCCUAUAUCGCGAUCGCCAUCAUGGCCGGGCUGUGGGGCUACGUGAUGCUGCACAAGCGGCGUAACAUGAUCACGGAGCGCAGCGGUAAGGAUUUCGACAAUAUGAUCGGGCCGCUGGCGGUCAGCGCCGCGCUGAUAGUCGCUCUGGUGUUGAACUUUGUCUUCGCGUACCGUGCCGCGCUCGCCAGGCUCGGCAGCCAGCCGUCGAACGGGACCGAGGCGGCCUGGGUUAGCGAGCAGCUCAUCUAGGAUGGGGAAGCUCGGCGAGGGCGGGCGCCGAGGUUCGUCGGGCCAGCCCUUGCAGCGAGGAGGAGGGAAUACGUGGGAGAGAUUUAUCGCACGCGUCUCGGGAAGCAGUUGGAUACCCACCGAUGUACGGUGUAGAUUGGGCAUAUGCGGAGGAGGAAGGGGGAUAGAAUAA